AGUUGUGAGUUUAAUUGACACAUUUUUCGUUAUCUUUUGUGUUUUGAAUGAAAAGUAUAGUAAGUCGUCGUUAAUUUGAUUUAUUGAGGACAUAUCUGCCUUAUGUAAUGAGUGCUCUGUUAAAUUUUCACUGUUGGUUUAUUAUAAACUGCAAAACCUUUUGGCGAUACCAACAAUAUCAGGUUAUGUGAUGCAAGAUUAAUGGACAAACGUUUUAAACCAUGUUCAUAUCUGACUAAAUAGUCUCAAUUUUGGAUACAUUAUGUUUUAAUGAGUGGUGAAGUGGACAUUAUAUUUUGUUUUCAUUAAAAUAUACCCUUUAUGACAUGCACGAACUAGGCGCCACUCAGUCACUAAACAUUAGGCCUAGCCAGAUCUAGUAGGCCUAUCCUUAAACGACUUGGUAUUUAUGUUAUGCAGUAUCUGUAUAUCAAACAACUUAACUUCAUGUAGGCUUAAUAUAUUCAUAGCAAUCGCUGUUAGAUAUAUGUUUGUGAAUGUUAAAUAUGCAACCAGUGAGAAGACGCAAGAAACGUCCAAACUAUGGUGUUAGGACCGUUGAAUUAAGUAGAGGUAAAAAUGGUUUUGGUUUUACUAUAUCAGGCCAGCAACCUUGUAUUUUAAGUUGUAUUGUACCAGGAAGUCCCGCAGAAAAUGCAGGUCUGAGGGCUGGUGAUUAUUUAGUGGCAGUUGAAGGUCAGAGUGUUAGUAAAGUUCCCCAUGAUGAUGUAGUGCGCUUGAUUGGUGCUUCCACCGGUGUACUUAAGCUUCAAAUAGCAGAAAAUUACUAUUCAGACAGCUCUGAUGAUGACGUAGUUGUGACUGCUAGGCAGAAGCCAAAAUACCCGCAUAAGCCACGAAAUAAUACACAAAAUGUACGUGCUUCUGGAACUACUACUCAGCAGAGCCGAGCUGCCAAAGUUGUUCGAGACCUUCGAACAGGAGCCAUGUUCGAAGAACAAGUUGCCAUGCCGGUUGACCCUAAAUUAUCGGUUUUACCAUCACCAUUAAGAAAUAUAAAGCUUCUACCAGAAUUAAAUAGUAUUAACCAAUGGAAACCUCCUAAUCUCUUAUCAGCUCCACUAUCCAGAAUCAUAAUUCCUGGAACAUCAAAUGAUCAUUCAAGUAUUCGAGAAAAUAUUGAAGAAGAAGCCAUUUAUCAAGCUGUUGUAGGAUAUUUAGGAACUAUAGAAAUGCCUAGAAAACUCCCUCCAGGCUCAAGACUGCAGAUUGUACGUGGUUGCAUUAAGCGUCUUAGAGCAGAGAAACGCAGCCAUACUGCUGUUCUGAUGUCUAUAUACAACCAAAGUCUUAAACUCACCAACAGUUCUGGCCAAGUAUUAGCAGUGUACCCUGCUGAUAGAGUGACAUUUUGUGGUGCAAGCUCAGAAGAAGACAGAAGAUAUUUUGGUAUAGUUACAACUUCAGCUGAUGAAGAUCCUUCUAAUUCUUGCCACGUAUUUGCUGUUGAUACACGCUCCCAUGCUGAACACUUACAACGAGCACAAUCUUUUAAAAUAGAGUGUAAUAUCGAGCACGCUACAGGACAAUGUAGGGAGUUUCCACAAAACUGUGACCCAAUUAUAACUCCCAUCAGAAUGUACUAUGAAGCUGGUGGGAUGAGACAGAACGAAGUCGAUGAACCAGUCAUGGCAAACUCUCCUCAACCCAGUAAUGACAGCACAACAACCACUAGUAACAGUGAUUCUGGAAUAGGAUUUCGUGAUGAUUGUGGGAAUCAGUCUGAUAGAAUUUUGGUUGUAGACGUUCAAAAUCAGAGAUUACACAUUCAACAAAUUGACGAUUCUGAUCAGCCAACUCACCGAGUCAGCACCGUCCAGUGUACCCAGAGACUCACUGUUAGAGCCAUGCCUGAUCCCGUGGUACCUAGUGGUCAUAGAAGUCAAUCUCCUUUGAGCACAAGCUCCGAUAGUCCAGAGGGCAUAAAUGAGAAUAUGAGCUUUAGUAGUGGUGCAGCAAAGAGUCCUGAUGUCACCAUGCAAUCAGCGGAGUGUAACAAAAGUAAUGCUUCGGAAAAGUCCAAUAGCAUGGUAUUUAAUGGUGUAGAGAUCAAUGGUAAUAGAUCAGCUGAUGACAUGAGUUUAGGAAGUGCUCGAAGUCAAGAUGCUUUGUUAAUGUCUUACAAACUCAGUCCUAAAGUGUUUAAUGUACCUCACAUGCAAGCUCCUCCAAUGUCACAUAGCCUUGAAGACCUAAAGGUUACAGAACAAACGCGGGACCAAAAUGCAUCUAGCUUAAACCGGAGCCAAUGGGGCAGCUUGCAAGAACUAAGAAGCUUUGUAUCUGACUGUUUUGAGAGUUCAACUGCCGUUCAAAAUCUGCAUGAAGACCCAGAGGAAGGUGUGUCAUGCUGGGCUUCAUCUUUUGAAAAACUUCUCGAGGACCCAAUUGGUCUGCAGACGUUUGCUGAGUUCUUGAAGAAGGAGUUUAGUCAUGAGAACAUAUACUUCUGGGUGGCUUGUGAGAGGUAUCGCUGGCUGGAGGAUGUCAGUGCCAGGCAAGAGGCAGCUCAUGAGAUAUUUGAGAAGCACCUGGCUGUAGGCGCGUCAGAGCCUGUCAAUGUGGACUCUCAGGCGCGCCAGGUCUCGCAGGAGGAACUCAAUGCUGCUGAGCCGUCACUCUUCUUACAGGCUCAAAAACAAAUAUUCAACCUGAUGAAGUUUGACAGCUACCCCAGAUUCAUUAAGUCUGAGCUGUACAAGGAGUGCCUACUGAGGGAGAUCUCUGGUGAAGCUCUUCCUGUCAGAGGCAAACUGGACACUGCGCUGCAACUGCAUCACAACACCUCUCUCAUACAGGCUCACUCCAAGCUAAAGAAGUCAAGAAGUGAUGCGGAGGAGAGGAGACGCAAGAGUCUAUUGCCGUGGUCUCGCAAGGCUAGGUGCAAGUCUCGUGACCGUGAUAGGUCGGACGCUGAGUCUGUGUCUAGCAGCAGAUCUUCUCUUGCAUCGUGGGACCUGACACUGAGUGUGUCUCUAUGUCGUGUGGUGCUGCCUGACGGAGCUACUGCUGUGGUGCAGAUCAGACCUCCCCAGACUGUGGGACAACUGGUUGUCAGACUUCUGGAUAAACGAGGUCUCAGAUACAACAGCUUCCAAGUCUUCGUUGGACACUCUAACAAACAGGUGGGGCUGGAGGAGGACGCAUCAGUGCUAGGAGCUCAGGAGGUGAGAGUAGAGGAUAGAGUGGUGUUCAGACUGGACCUUCCCAACCGCAAGACUGUGGCUGUCAAGUCAAAGCAAGGCAAGACUCUGGCACAAGUGCUAAGGCCCAUCCUGCAUAGGUACGGCUACCGGCUGGAGAUGGUCACGUUAUGUCUGAUGAGUGAGAACGAAGUAGUGGAGCCGAUGGCCCUAGUGGAUUCUGUCAACACUCAAAGACUACAAGUGCUGACUCGCAGCACCCCUACAGAGUGUGCCCAUCUUGCAGGAUGGAGAACUGGGGAGUGCCACAACAAGGUAAAGUCUGCUCCAACGUUGGAUGAGAUAACCAACAGAGUAUUUGAAGAGUUGCUCCAGGGCAAAGCUGACAACCUCACUCAGGCCUCGGACCAGAGUUCUGUGAGGUCCGAUGAUUGGGGUUCAGAGCACUCUUCAGGAAUCCUUGGGCGUUUUCUCAGGAGAGACUCAGCUUUUAUAGAGAAAUCUAAGGACGGGCGACACAAAAACAAGAAAGUGGCCAAGUACUCAGCCUUAGGCAGCGAGGAAGGGACCCGAGGGAAGGCCGCUCUUAGCAAGUUACCUCCUCUCAUAGCCAAGUGGAAGCCCCAAGCCAAGACAGAUGGCAAGUCUGAGAGUGAUGUGCUUUACGAGGGCCUGAAGAGAGCUCAAAGGAGUAGACUUGAGGACCAACGAGGCACAGAAAUCAACUUUGAAUUACCAGACUUUUUAAAGGAUAAAGAAAACACUCCACAGACUGGAAAGAAAGUCCGUAAACUCAGGAGAGAAUCAGAAGUAACCGGUAACUCAAAAUUUUACCAAUCGGUGGAACUAUCACAAGCUUCAAGCCAAGAGAGUUUAACGGUCUCGAGAUCAGUCGACCAAAGCUUCACCAAUGACGGGAUCAUUCCCAGUAAUGAGGCAGCAGAGGAGUACUUCCUAGGGGGGGACAGGACACAGACUCCCCCUCCUCUGCCUCCCAAACCCAAGCACUUGCCUCCCACAACAUGUUGGCCACCCCAGGCUCAACCUCGUACAAGGCCAGCCAGAGUCUACCUGGAUCAGCCCAGCAGCAGCUUCGUAUAACAGCCUGUACAGAUGUAAAUUGUAUAUUUAUUUAUUAAAUUAGAAAUUUACUUUGUACUAAUUUCAGUACGGUUGGGUAUUAAGUAUGAUCAUCUACAUUUUUUAAAUCGUUGUGACUGAUCUUUUUUUUAUAAGAAUCAGUUUCUAAUUAACCGGUUUAAAAUCAUAAUUCAGCGUUAUUGAAAGACUGUGAGAUUAUCUGAUAGCUGUAUGUGGUUAAAGAUUUUUUAAUUAUUCUCUUUAAGAGAUUAGACUCAAGGUUGGAAAAUGAAACAAUACAACCUGCAUAUUGAUACACUAUACAAACUGGAUACUUAAGAGACUUAUAAGAAUACAAAGUUUCUGUUUAACUGCUUGGCACUUUAAUCAUCACAAAACUCAUUAAAACUUGAGCUAUACAAGUUUAUACACAUGAAAUACAAUAAGCAUUGAAACCCACAGUUGUUAUUAGAAAUAUUACACACAUAUGUAACUUUUAUAAAUUCCCAAAUCGUUAUCCACAAUGUUGACUUGAAUCAAAUAGCAGAAGGUAUUACUGUAGAUCUUAUAGCCUAGGCCCAAGACCAACAUAGUUUUUUUUUGUCCCAGAGGCCAAUAAAACCGUCCGUUCAAAUUCAUAUUUAUGUGUGUCAGUUAGCACAAUAACUUGAGAAAAAAUCAUAAGAUAUUGAUGAAAUUUGGUCCUACCUACGUUUAUUCAACAUUAUGGUAGAUCAGCCACAAAUGAUCGAACAACAGGAACGGGGUUUUAUGUGGUACAAAUUGGUUUUCCCAUUUUUGACCCUUACAGCAUAACCUUAUAACCAAUUUAUAGUGUGAUGCAUAGCAGCACGCUAUAUUUCUUAUAGUGUCAGCGCUUCGCGUGGCACGGCUGCAUGACGAACUCGUCAGCCCACCGCAAGCUUAAAAACAAAUCAUUGAUUAUAUUAUAGUGAUGUUGUAUGCUUACCAGUUAAGGAGAAAAUUAAAAAGUGUGAGCCUACAUUUAAAAUCCUCAUGUUGAAUGUUAAAAUCCCCUUAUGGAGAAGAAGUAAACUAUUGUAGUUUUCUUGUUUCUGGAUAUAUUUUGAUCUAAUUUGGCAAUUGUGUUCAUACUUACCUGUAGCAGCAAACCUAUAAGUGCUUCUUAAAGUCAAAGUAAUUUAUCUAUCCAGAUUAUAAAACAUGUUGCAUUGGCUAAGUUUUAACUAAAAAAUUACAUUUGAUAACUUUAUUAAAAACCUAAUUUCACUUAAACAGAGAACAAACCUGUCACGUUUUAGGAAAUGUUUUAGUUGAUAGAGUAGGCUUAGAAUACUGACUGACAGACCAGUUAAAAUGUUCAUCUUACUUUUAAAAUGUUAAAUAAGACACUCUUCCAAUACUAUGUUACUUCUAAACACUCUUAACGUCUUUAGCCAGAUGACCUUGGUUUUGUUGAUUCUUUAACCAUUCUUUUUAGAUCAUCAAAAGUGCGGCAUCUUGACAUUGCUAGGUACAAUGCCCCAUGCUGAAAGCAGGGAUCUUGCAGAUAAAGACAAACUUUUCAAGUCUCUGUCCUUGAAUUUUGUAGUAGUCAUGGCAAAAGCAAUUCGACAUGGGAACUGUCGACGUUUGAAUUUCAGGGGAAAAUUUCCUUCUGAUGGUUCUAAGUUUAAUUGGGGCAGUAACACUCGUUUUCCAGCUGAACUUCCAGUAAUAAUUUAAAAACUUAGGACUUAAUCAUUCACCUCUUUCACCGUUAAUCUGGUUCUAUUAACCAGUCUUUUUUGUGGAUUUAAAUUUCUUAGUAAAACUACAAUUACACCUUUUUUUAGGCAUAACUUGUGAGGAGGUAAACCACUUGGUGCUAAAGUGUGAAGAAAUUCAUCAGGUACAUGUAACUGGUCUCCCUUUUCUUGAAUCAAAGUGUCCACUGAGUAGUAAACUCGGCUGUCAUCAUUUAGUUGCUCAACUAUUUUAUUGUUUAUCUCGUCCCAAAGUUUAUUCUUUGGUGAAAGUAGGCCUAUCGCAUGAUUUUUUGUCCUUUUUAAAGCAUCUUCCGAGAAUCCUUAACUGAAGAUUUUGUCAAUAAUAUUUUAAUUCACAAUACAUUGUGGCGGAAGACGUAUCAAUUACUCACCAAGAUCAUUAUGAAUUAUUUAAUUGGCCUUAUUGGCCAUUCCCUAUUCAUAAAAAAUAUUCAGCAAAUAUUGAAUCGCUUGGAUUGGCUCUCAUGUUUUUAGCUAUUAAAAUCUGUUUAAACAUUGGCCAUAAAGGUGAUCUAAUUAUUGAAUUUUCUUCUAUUGCACAGCGACUCGCACCAGGUACUAUGCAAGCACAUUGCCGAAAAUCACCUCCCAAAACAAUCACCUUUCCACCAAAAGGCUUUUCUUGGUCUUCUCUUCUGGCAAUAUCUCGCAGUAAUCUUUCUACAGACGAUAAAGCAUACUCAUAAGAGCUUCAUCCCUUAAUAUUUCUUUACAACUCCUGAUAUAAAUCUCCCUAAUACUUGAAUGAAACUGCACAAAUAAACUAUCCCAUUUCAUCAGUCAUCCUUGUAUUGGAAAGUAAACUGAUAAAUAAACAGAAAAAGUAAAUAUUUAAAUGACAUAAGGAAAAGAGGUUAAUUUAUGAAGACAGAUUUUUUUUUUUUAAGAAAUGAAUCAUAUGUUUGAUAAACUUAACUGAAUUGUCACUUAUAUUUAAAAAUACAUGGCAACUUUAAGGUCCAAUGGGGCGAAGCACAUUGAACUGAGCGUGACAAAAAUUAUUCCAUGACUUCUGCAGAUAAUUCCCUUUAAUUUGACACAUCAAUCAUCAAAAUCGGUUAAUAAAUAAAACAGUUUUGCUGUGCACAAGAAAUUCCUUACGGAAUUAGAAUAAUAGUUUCUAAAAAUGCAUGAAACUAUUCAUCAUGGUAACAGGAAGUAUUGUGUAAAAUUUGGGCUUGAUGAGUUAAGUAGUUUUCUUUAGAAUGGUACCUAAACUUAUAAAAACUAACUUUCGGAUCUUCACAUUUUGAACCCUUGAAGGGCAGGCUCAGUAGAAUCCAGAAGGGCCCUCUUUCAAAAAUCCAGGAAAACUAUUUUUAUUUACAAUAUUAGACUAUGGGUACUCAAAUUGUUCAGUUUUUUAUCCUAAAUGCAAAUAUGCAGUUUGAUUGAAGAUAAGACUAUUACAAGCUUAGUAAAUCAGGAAAACCCGGGAAAAUGGGUAGUUUCCUUAAUUUAUCUUAAGGGAGGAUUAAAGAUUCCUUCUUAUGUAAGAAAAUAUCCAAAGUAUAAAGUGUUAUAUAUUUUCUUAAACAGCACAAAAUACACAAUAUUUUGUGAUCAUUUGAUAAAAGUUAAUUUUUUGAGCAUUUUCACGCACUGCUCCCCUUAAGUCUUUUUAGAUUAAAUUGUAUAGCCAAUUGUGUAUGCUUUGACACUAUUCGUGUAUAUAAAGUGAAUAAAGAUAAUUUGAUUUGAUUUGAUUGGGUAGAGCAAAGAAUGUAAUUUUGCUAGGAGCUGGUUUUCUUUCACCUACAACCAAGUUUCCACAAACUUCCUAUGUGAGUCAUGAACUGCUUGUGCCCAUGUGGGUUACUUAUUAAAUGUCUUUCAAAACGUUUGUCACCCUUGUACUAUUGAUUCAUAUUUUGCAUAUUAUGUUAGAGAGUAAUAAUAACAGACAAUAGGAUGAUAAGUCAGUAAAAUCUCAUUCUGUGCUCUAUCAUACGUCAUAUAAAUCAUACUUGGUUGAUCAAUAGUUUUCAAGUUAUAAAAUCUGCCCUUUUAUUUUGAAACACCCUGUAUUUUAAUUCCAUAUUAGUUUUACUCGUAUUUAUUUAUUAUUGGCUGACGUAAAAUAUAAAUAUCAUAUUUAUUUACUCAGUUGCUUUCUUCCCACAAUAAUCGAGCAAUUUGAUAUUACCAAGAAUUUUGAAUAUUGACAUUGCCCAACAGUUCAUUGUGGGCACAAAAGCUAAAUAAUAGCUUAAAUCUUAAUGGGAAAAAGGUUUUACCAUUUAAAUUAAUAUUUCUAGUUAAAUCGGUGCCAUGUAAGAUAGAAUUAUAAACUGAAGUGUGAUUUUAUUGUGUUCAUAAAUCCUGUGCCUUAUGAAUCUAUAAAAUCAUCUAUCUAUCUAUCUAUAUAUUAUUAUAGAAAGUCUAAUGGUGUCUGUCUGUAUUUGUGUUACUCAAUAUUGUAAAACCUACUAGACUGGGCUAAAAUUUUACAAAAAUAUAGCUACCAUACCAAGAAUGGUAAUAAGACUAUUCACACUUCAACACUGACCGUGGGUUUUGCCCCUAUGGCUUUAAAAGUUCUGAGGUGAGGAUUUAAAAAGUAAAUAUUGAUUGGUCUCUAUGACUGCAAUGAGAACACUCACAAUGUUUACAUUUGCUUUGACAUUUUAAUCUAAACAAGAAGAACGGCGAAAUUGCUUAUUUCAAAAUUUCAGUCUCCAAAACUUUAUCAUAGAUAAUUAAUUCUAAAACUAUGUCAAUCAUUAAAUAAAAAAAAAAUUAUAUAACCGUUGUUGUAUCAACCCAGCUCUGCUUUUGAUUUUUUGAUGUGUCUUAAGUUAUGAAAAUAAUGUUUUAAAUAUAUUUUCAUGGAAACAGUAUGAUUGCUGAAGAAGACAAAGUCCUAAAACAGCCUCAGUCCAGUAGGGUAGCUCACUGACCUGGAACAUCACGACCAACGAACAAAACAGUAUGAAAAUUACAAUGUAUAGAUUGUUUGUAUGAAUCUGGUGUUUUUUUUUAUGAAUUUUAACUGCUUAUGUGAUGGAUUGACAUAGCAUAACUUGCACUUCACAUUGCCUUUUUUUUACAUUAAGGUAAAUUUAGUAAUUGUGCUUUGAUACACCUAUGCUUAGGCAUUAAAUUAAACUAAAGAAUAUCAUAAAUAACUAAAUUGUACAACGUUUAUGUGUUCUAAAAUCUGUAGUAGGCUAUAUGUGUAACUAUAUUUAAUUAUUAAAUGGUAAUACAAAAAAAUACUCUUAUUUUAUCUUAAGAUAGCUUGCAGUUCACAUUUACUUUUAUUAUUUCAUUUCGAUAAAUUUAAAUUUAUUAUUUGUGCUUUACUACACCGCUGAUUAAAUUAAACCAUGGAAUAUAUCAUAAAACUAAGCUGUACACAGUGUUCUUUUGUUUAUAAAAUCAAUGAAAUAUCUGUUACCAUGUUUACUUAAUCAAUGGUAAGUGUGAAAAUGUAAAGGCAAUGGACUAUGGAACUGACUAAAAGAACUGGUUUGUAUAUUAUGUUGUUUGUUGAUAUUUUGUAUAGUAUAAUCAGAGAUGCAAUUAAACAUAUAGGCUACUGUAUUACCGUAUUUUAUUACUCUUACAUUUUUUAGUCCUUGAUGUUUUGAUAAUCAUUUUAGUUUUGUCUACUACCUGUAACGCUCAAUUUCAUUAGUAAAUUAAAUGAUAAUAUGUACUGAGAUAUAAAAAAUAAAUCUUUAUUGACAUUACUACCUAUACGAGCUAAUUAAUAAUUUACAACUUUUAUGGUAUAGAUAUUGUUACUUUAAUAUUUGAAAAGACUAUUGAUAAGGCCCAACAAUAUUUCUUAAGUGUAUAACAGCUGAUGUCAGUGUUGCUAAUGAUUUAUUGUGAGUGAAGAAGGAUUUGUGAUUUAACAAGUUAAGAUUUACCUAAAAAAUAUGUUCAUUUCAAUAAUUAAUUAGUAGUUUUGAAACUUCAAGAUUGAAAUUUAAAAUAGUCAAAAUAAAGAAAAAAUAUAUGUAAAUAAGGGAGAUGAAUCAUGUAUGUAAAAAUUUAUCCGGAAAUAUUGUAAGUUUUUCUCAUAUCAGCUACACUAGAUAUAAAGUUAAUCAAAACCAAAAUGGCGGUUUCCACUACUUACCAGAUUUAAAAGCCAUAAAUAUUUCUAUAAAGGCCACAAAGGUUGGUUUUUGUUUUCUAAAAGUGUUGGCGGAUGUGUAACUAUUUUAUUUAAACAGAUGUAAAGAUCAAAAUCUUUUUUCGUGUCAACAGGUUACAACAGGUAGUAAUGUUUUUUUUUCAUACUUAUAAUUCACAUCUUUAUAUUUUUUAUGGUCCCAAAAGAUUAUUUUUUAUUUUUAGGAGUCAUUUUUUGUGCACAUGUAUCUAUGCUUUUGUCAGUUUAGGUAUAAACAAUUCUUUGUUUAGUAUAUUGUGAUACUCUUAAUAUAAAUGUGAUAUGUACUCAUUAUAUACAACAAUCACUAAUGAAGGUGCCUUUGCUGAUUAUUUGAAGCUUUAAUUCUAUCAUAAAAUAUUUAAAAACAAAAUUUUUAUUAGUGCAUGAGCAAACAACAAGAUUUUCUUAGCUAAGUAAAGUCUACGCUAAGUUAUUAUAAAUAAGUUCAUACUAAAAUGUGUGCCAGUUAAAUGGUUUUAAAAGGAAUUUUAAGUGUGUUGUCAACCUUGUCAACAUUAACAAAUGCAUUGCAAUUGUCUUGCUCAUAAAUUACUCCUUUAAAAUCAUCUCAAGAGAUAAUUUUUUAGUUCAUGUACAUGACUUAUUGCAUAUCUCAUAUUGCAGGCUAUAACACUUCAAACAACUGUAAGAAUAUGAAUCAAUAUGACUGGGGUAAAAAUUCUUUACCAAGCAUCUAAUUUGUUGUUUUCACAUUAUUUUAACACAAUCAUAAAAAGUUGCCCAUAAGUCUUUAGAAUCAAAAUUAUUUGGCAUGAUAGUGAAGUAGAUGGUCUUUAGGUCUUCUACAGUUUGAUUCAAAUCUAAUCUGCAGCAAUUUAAGUAUUUUAAUUUUUUACAUACUUGCAGUAUAUGCCUUGAUACAUAUUUUUUGUACAUAGUAUAUAUUAUAUUUUGUUACUUUAAUACAUUUUUUAAAUACC